GGGACAAUGAAAACAGCAAAUUUCAAUUCAGUGUGUGGAUUCGAUUCAGAAUGCCAAUUUGAUCCAAAGCAACAACAUGAUUUAUGUUCAAGAUACAAUGGGACCUUUGGUGUCUAUCGAGUGUGCCGAGUCCAGCAAGGUGGUGUAUUGACUUUCCAAUUCAAGCAAUAUCCAGACAAUUCGAAGCCCGGCGUUUAGACUCAAGCCACAAGGGACCUUGCAGUGUCUACAUGAAAUACGUCGACUCGGCCAUCGCAGAUCCUGGCGCGGGAAAAGGAUGGUUCAAAAUCUACGAAGAGGGCUAUGACAAGAACGCAUCACAGUGGUGCACGGAUAACCUCAUACAGAAUAAGGGUUUGCUCUCCAUUGUAGUACCUACCGAGCUCGCAGGCGGCUACUACCUCGUUCGACCCGAAUUAAUAACCCUUCAGCAAGCAGACAGUACGCCUUCGUUUUAUACUGGCUGCGCUCAAAUCUUUCUGGACUCCGGUCAAACAACCCUUCCGAAAGAUGUUGUCAGUAUACCGGGGUAUAUCAAGGCAGGCGACCCGGCCUUACAGUUUGAUAUCUCAUCACCGAUGUUACCGUACACAGUACCAGGACCAAACGUUUAUCUCACUGACGUUUCGCCAAUUAUUCAACAUCCUAGCCUGCCAUUUCAGGGCGUGGGAGUUCUGCCUUCAAAUGUCGUCCUUACAAACGCCAAUUGGUUUGGAAUCGAAUUGAGCCCGUACUCGACAGAAGAAGAUUGCAAAAAUGCCACCGCAUCAUGCUACGACCAAUCUACAGCUUGUAUCUCCAGCUCGGGGCCAAUCGGAACUUCUAAUUGCAAUAUCUGGACCAAGAAAUGCGAUACGAUGGAAUCUAAUUGUAAUUCAGGGAAUUACAACGGCCCUCCAGGUCAAGGCAAAAAUUUGAAUCCUACGCCUAGCUCAAUCCUCUACCCCAAUACCCAUGCUGCAACAGGCCAAAGAAUCUCUACUGUCGCGGGUUCUCCCAUGGCGCCUGCUUCCGUUAUGAGUCCAGAAUCGACGUCUAGUACUAUUACCUCUGCCUCUGUUCCCUCUACUUCGGAGUCGGCAGUAGGAUCCAGUCCCUCCGCAUCUGUGCCUAGUUCUGCGAGAUCCGCCUCUGUUUCGAGCACUGUGUCGUUGACAGCCGGUACUUCUACUUCCAUCCAUGUUUCGAAGACUCCAAUAGCAGCACUGAGCACUGUUAUAUCUUCCGCAGCUUCCUCUACUUCGCAAUCAGUACUUGGCACCAUCAUCUACUCAUCUAUCCCCAGCUCUUCCAGAUCGACCUCUAUUUCGAAUACAUCAGUAUCACUACUUAGCGCUAUCACUUUUCUGACUGUUUCGAGUACUUUUGUAUCGACACCAAGCGCCACCCCGUCUAUCCCUUAUUCGACUGCUUCAAGUUCGCUACCCAGUACUUUAGCUUCUGCAUCCAUUCCGCCUCCUUCGUCACCAACACCCUCCACCAUCGCAUCAAAGUCUACUUCUACUGAUAAAGGAUCAGAACUGACGGUUACUUCUUCCUCCUCAAGACCCGGUACAACGGUCGAGGCUUCCAAUAUAAUCACCUUCGCUUCUCUUUCAAAUACUGUUGUAGCACCAUCAAGCCCAGUCGCCUUUGCUGCAACAUCUGUCACUACAUCAUCAACCCUCAGCACUGUCCCUUCUCCCUCCUCUAAUAUCAGUCCAACUACGUCGAUAGCUAGCACAUCUGCCACAAGCACCCCUACAUCUGUUUCCAGCCACUUGGGAAGUACAUCUGUGGAAGUAACGACCAUACUCUGGACACCAUCUGCUCACCCCACCCUUCCGCCAGGCAUUUCUGCAUCCGCCCUGCUCCCACAGCCCGCCUCCUUGCCAGCGAAUAUCCCAACAUACAGUCUAGCUCCGGGUGCAAAAAUCUCGCCUGAUGGAAAAUACGGUCCCGAGGCAGGUUAUACGUGCUUGGGAAACCAGAACGGUCCAUGUUGCUCGGGCAACGGCUAUUGCGGAGCGACGGAGGAUUAUUGUGGGAAGAUGUAUUGCCAGCCACUUUGGGGGAAUUGCGAUGGUGCGACGAGCAACGUGAGAUUGAUUAGACAUCGACAUUGGCAUCUGAAUCGUGUUUAUUGGGGCAGCAAUGAUUGAGAGUCUGGUUCUGUUGUUGUGGGCUUCGUGGAGAGUUGAGGUACUACGAUUGUGGGACGUUGUUGAGCGUGAAUUUGGAUAAGGCGGUCUGGUGGGAAAAGCUGUCGCUCUGCCUGCCUGAUUUUCUUGUGGAGUAUCUGUACUCAGUCUUCUGAGAGGUGGUAGAAAUAUC